AGUUUUUUAUUUAUUGUAUAUUAAAGUGUUUGUAAUAACUAAUGUAAUGAAGGAAUUGAAUAGUGAUUACUCCUGAGAUAGAUGUAAAUAACAUUUGUAAACAACAUGAUUUUAUUGAUAUAAAAACAGUACAUUACACGGUCUUACAAAAAUUGGGAUGACAUCUUUCACGAUUAGGUGAAAACGUUUGCGAAGCAAUAAUGUUAGAUUAAGACAUUAAUUAUUAGAAAAAAAGCAUUUAUUGCUUGACAUUUAGAAGAAGGAGAAGCACAAAUGGAACAUGUAGUAGAAGGUCAUUCUGAAGAAUCUGAUAAUGAUAAUGCCGACGACUUAGAAAUCCAAGUUCAAACAGAAGAUACAAAAGACAAUGAUGAAAAUGAAUCAAAAGCAAAAAAGGCAAAAGAAACAACUUUAAAUGAAUCUGAUGUUGAUUCUGACCAGUCUUGUCCAAUAUGCAUGGAUUUAUGGACUAGUUCUGGGGAUCAUCGUUUGUGUUGUUUACGAUGUGGACAUUUGUUUGGAUAUAGUUGCAUUUUAAGAUGGUUACAAACUUCUUGCACUAGUGGCAACCGUCGUUGUCCACAGUGUAAUAGGAGAGCUGCUGUGAAAGAUAUCAGAAUGUUGUAUGCCAAAAAGUUAACGUCUAUAGAUACCAGCGAAUUGGAUAAAUUAAAAGAACAAUUAAAUAAUGUUAGUUCUGAAAAAAAUCGUAUAGAAAUGGAACUUUCAAAAUAUACUUUAAGACAAAAGUUAUUUGAACAGCAAAUUGCUAGUAUGAGGAAUAGGAUCUCUGAACUAGAAAGUCAGCAAUCAGAAAUAAAUGUUCAUUCUUGCCAGAAGAUUUCUAAACAUAUGAUUAAAAAGUUCCAUUUAGAUCGAUCUAUAGAGAUAUGUAAGGACGGCGGUUGCCGUGUAUUAGACUACAACCCAUGGUUUGGAUUCCUAGUUGUAUCUCAGAAGUCAACUAAUAUGUUAUUUUCGGGUUAUGGUAUUAAAAAAAUUGACUCGGAUAAAUUUCAACCACGUCAAUUUAUUCUUUUACAUAAUCAAGUUAUAAGAGAUAUUACAUUUAAUACAACUCAACAUUCGUUGCUGCUUAGUGUUGGUUUUGAUAAAUGUGCAAAAUUAAUGGAUAUUCAAAAUCACAUUAUUUUGCAUACUUAUCAAACAGGAUCUCCAUUGUGGAGCUGCUGUUGGUCAGGCAAUAAUUCAAAUGUAUUUUUUGCGGGUGCACAAAAUGGAUCUAUAACACAAUUUGAUAUUAGACAAACUUCUGGUGCUGUUGAAACUUUAGACAAUGCAGGCGACAGAUCACCAGUAGUUUCUCUAGCAACAGUGCCUUUUAAUCCGGGUAGCGGUAUUAGUAGGGGUGGAUUCAUAGCAUGCCAUUUGAGUACAUGUUAUGCUUAUGAGCAGAAAGACUCAAAAUAUUUACCUAAACAAAUAUUCCUUGAAGGUCCGUUUAUAUCUGUGUGUUACGAUCAAAAGAAUAAUCAUACUUUAAUAUCUUCCCGACCAAAUGCUAGACAGCCUCAUGCACGGCACAUAGUAUGUACUAUAGAAAAAGACAGUGAGGAAUCAACAAUUUGUAAUGUAGUACAUACGUUCCAUGCUGGUAAUUCUCAACAGUUAUUGUCUCGACCAUGUUACUUAAAUAUUGAAAAUGAUACAUUAGUUGCUGCAUAUCAAGAAUCUAGUACCAGUAUAUCAUUAUGGAGUGUAUCUACUGGAAAACAAGUAAAUAGUCUUCCUGUUUCUGAUCCUGUAGUGGAUAUGUGUGCAGUUGAUGUUAGUAAUAAUUUAUAUUUAGCAACACUCUCUUCAAAAAAAGUUAGAAUUUAUAAUCAUGGAUAACUAUCAUUACUAUGGAAGUAAAUAAAAAUAUCUCAUAUUUUUUCCAUACACAUCAUACAUUUAUAAUGUAAUAGAUACAUGAUAUAACUAAUAAUAUCGUAUUUGUUUUUACAUUAAAUUUAAACAACAUUAUUUUAUAUAAAAUUGUGUGUUCUCAAAAAAAAGUAAUGAUACAAAAUCUAAACUCGUAAAUAUGAAACAUAAAUUUUCUUAUUAACGACAAUGCAAAAAUUUCUGUAUACACAACUUGAAUUACCAAAAAAUACUAAAAGGAAAUUUUUAUGUUACCAUUUCCCAUUUAAAGAUACACAUGUUUAUCGCUGUGCAUAUAUACAAUGAAUAUUUGUUAUAUAAAUAUUUUUCUACCAAUCUAAAAACUGUUUCAGUAGUUGCCCUGUAUACUAUUUCAAAACAAGAUAAUAAUAUUAAAGAUAAUUAUAUAUUUAUAUACUAUUAGAUAAUAUAACUAAUAAUAUACAAAUUUAUUGAACUCAAUAGAUAAUCAAGAUAUUAAAAUAAGGAAAUUUUUGUACAAGUAUCCCUAUUAUUUUUAUUAAAAAAUGUUAUUUAUUGAUAUUUUUGAAGUAUUAAAUUACAUUUAGAAUCUAUAUAGCUGCUGUAACCAAUUAUUUUCAUAAAAUACUUCAUGUGUAAUUAAUUUUUUAUAUCUGUAAUUAUAAAUCAAACAAACCAAAUAGUAUAAUCUAGUAGUACACCUCUAACACAGCCUCCGCAUAAAUUACUAGAAAAUGUGAAAGAAAAUUUAAAAUUCCUAUGCCAGGAAUACAAUAUUGUUUAAAUAUAUUAAGAAAAAUCUAUGUAACUUGUAGAGGAUAACACAUAUAAUGCUAUACAAAUAGUUCUUUUGAACAAGUUUCAAAUAUAUUCUACAUAGGCUGCUAUCUUAUUAGAGAUUUAAGAAUAAUUGGUGUCUUAAAUUAUUUAACCUGCAAUUCUUCACAAACAAUAUAACUAUAAAUUUCAUUAAAUAUUUUUAAUCUAAAAUGGUUUUUAAAAUUUCAUAAGCUGGAAGUGUCAAUGUUAUAUGGAAGUAUCGAUGUCAUAAUUUCUGAUAGCUUUUUAUUAUCAACUUUCAACUUAUGUUCAUUUAAAAAUCAAAUUUGCUUUGUACCAUUAUUCUUAAUGAUGUAAUAAAUGCAAUUUUUAAUGUGGAAUGUACAUCUCCAGCUUCGAGUACAGAAAACUAUGCAUACGUAAAAA